AUGCACUCUCCUUUCGUAAAUGUGUGGAUUUGGUUGAAGCCCAGAGGUUUAGACAAGGCUUUUGGCGAACUGAUGCCGAAGAACAUCAAACAUUAUGUCCAGUUCGUAGCAAAGGGUGUAAUUGAGCGCUUGGAGCAAGAGGAAAACACGGAGACCUUAGGAGAGGAAAGUACUCGGAAGGACAUGCUCCAUUAUCUUUUCCAUGCUGUGGACCCUGAGACAGGUCAUCGAGGAUAUUCACAAACGGAUCUUGUGGAGGAGGCCGACAUGCUGACCGUCGCAGCAACCGACACCACCGCAGCAACGAUUGCAGCCGCCUUAUUCUAUAUUGUCCGCAACCCACUGGCGUAUAGCAAGCUGAGGGACGAGAUACGAAGCACGUUCCAGUCAAUGAAAGACAUCAAGCUUGGUCCUCAGCUGAAGAGCUGCAAAUAUUUGCACGCAGUUAUCAACGAGACAAUGCGCAUGAGUCCUGCUGGUGCCAACGAGUUCCCGCGCGAAGUUCUGGAUGGAGGCAUCCGGGUCGAAGCAGAGUAUCUCCCUCGUGGCGUCAACAUUGGCUGCGCCUUCUGGGCCCUGUUCCAUGAUGCGAACAUAUACAAAGAUCCGUUCGUGUUCCAACCAGAGAGGUGGACGGUCGGAAAUGGGAUCACAGAGGAGGAUGUCGCAGUCGCCGAGAGAGCGUUUGCUCCGUUCUCAUUAGGUGUACGCGGCUGUCCUGGCAAGGGUCUUGCGCUCAUGGAGAUGAGCAUUGUCCUUGCUCGCUUGUUCUACGGUUACGAAUUUAGACUUGCACCCAAUGACAAAACAGGUGAGGGCAACGUUGAAAUGAAAUGGGGAAGGAGGAACAGUGGCCAGUACCAGACUCGAGAUGCAUUCGUGCCACUCAGAGAUGGUCCGUAUGUACAAUUCGCUACGAGAGCUUAA